ACCCAGAAGCUACGAUUGUGUGUGUGUGUGUGUGCUCGACAUUGCUCCCGUUUAAAAAAGGAAAACCAAGCCAAUAACCAGGUAAUAAAAUAAAAAUGGUGGCGGCUUUAACGCGUCUCCUCUUGCUCGACGUUGAAUUACGGACAAUCUACGGAGAGAAAACCAACGGUCAGCACAGAUGUUGAAGAGGAAUCCUCAAAUCAAACAAAGCUCCUCCAGUGUACACAUUCAAAUAAAUGCCUGAAAUAGGUGAAGAGCUACAGCCUCUUCUUUCUCUGGAAACCGCCAAGAGGGAGGGAGGAGUUUAAACAAAGGCCCUCUCCACAUAAAAAAAAAAAUGGAGGCUUGUGCAGAGGAGCCAUGGUGUCCUGCUCUUCACAGUCUACAUGCUGCCAUUUCUACUUCUAAAGCCUUCACAUGAGACAACUACGGGCAGGUUCUACACUUGGAAGCUUCACACGUUGUCACACUUGGGUUGACGCAGCCUUGUAUCCUGCCUGUGAGGAGAGCGACCAGUCAGGAUCCGGCUAACAUCACUGGGGCCUGAUCGCCUUGCCUGAAGAGCGGAGCCUUCCCCGGCUGAGGGCUGAGAGUGUCCUCCAUGUUUUAUAAGUGUUGACAUAACAGUGUGUCAGGCAGCCAUGCAUCCACAGAGGGUCACAUGGGUGCCCCAGACAACCAGGCUGCCAUACAGGAGGCAGAGUGGACCAUGGCAAAUCCUUUUCCUUUUUUAUAUAAUGCAAAGGAGAGUUAGAUUUUAAAAAAUGGCACCCACACCUCCUUUUUCUGUUGUGGCAGUCCUGUGUUGUAGCCUGGCAGAGAAAGAAUGGGGGAUGGGCAAUGGAGGAGGAGGAGGGCGGGUAUUAUGUACCCUUUGUAAGUGGAUUGGCUCUGUGCUGUUUUCUUGUGUGUCAUGCCAGGCCGGGGAAUAGACGUGGGGGGCAACAGACGUGUUUGUUAGGAGGACACGGAGUGCAGGGGCAUGACUCCAAUACUAGUUCUCCGGCCUGAACGUGUGUAUGUAAAAAAAAAAAAAACAUUUGCAGAAAACAGUCCUGGUGGACGAAUGGAGUUUCUACACUCCACCCCGAUGACAGAAAGAGCAAACAUGAAACAGACCUUUUUUAGUCGAAGGGCGAUCCCCUUCCAGUCGAAUCUUUAGAAAUGAGACCUUGGGACGCAGGUUACUUCUAUUUACAGCCGUAGGCCUUGAGUUUUGCCGCCCGGGGCUUUGCCCUUCUCUCUCUCGCUCUCUCUCUCUCUCUCUCUCUCUGCAGACCUAUUGUGAAACUGCUUCCUCCAACCGUCAGACAGACAGUGGCCAUUUUGUGUUUUUUAGAGAGCUCUUCUUACACAUCAGACUGCAGGGGCAGAGGAACAACAUGAGACCUAACAGUCUGGCUGAGGAGGAGAUAAAAACGGAGUCUGAUGUGGUAGAGGGGAUGGAGGCGUCUGUACGAUCCAAAGUCCCUGAUCCACCGGGGUCAGCGGAACGAACCGCGGCACCACAGAAGAGAAAGGUGUCCAGUCCCACCCACUCCUCCAACGGACACUCUCCCUCGGACACCUCCCCCAGCCCCGUCAAGAGAAAGAAGAAGCCCGGGGCCGUCAACUGUCACAGCAAAGACCAGUCAGAGCUAAGACAUGGUCCCUUUUACUAUAUGAAGCAGCCGGCACUCACCACAGACCCUGUUGAUGUUGUGCCGCAGGACGGAAGGAAUGACUUCUACUGCUGGCUGUGCCACCGCGAGGGCCAGGUGCUCUGCUGUGAGCUCUGCCCCAGGGUGUACCACGCCAAGUGCCUCAAACUACCAGCCGAGCCCGAGGGCGACUGGUUCUGUCCAGAGUGUGAGAAAAUAACUGUCGCUGAAUGCAUCGAAACCCAGAGCAAGGCAAUGACAAUGCUGACAAUAGACCAACUCUCCUACUUGCUCAAAUUUGCACUUCAAAAGAUUAAACAGCCUGGGACUGAGCCUUUUCAGAAACCUGUGGCUCUGGAACAGCACCCGGAUUAUGCAGAGUACAUUUUCCACCCCAUGGACCUGUCUACUUUAGAAAAGAAUAUCAAAAAGAAAAUGUAUGGCUGCACUGAGGCCUUUCUUGCUGACAUGAAAUGGAUCUUACACAAUUGCAUCAUCUACAAUGGAGGUAAUCACAAAUUAACAGCGACGGCAAAAGUCAUCGUCAAGAUUUGCGAACAUGAGAUGAAUGAGAUUGAGGUGUGUCCAGAGUGCUACCUGUCUUCAUGCCAAAAAAGGGACAACUGGUUUUGUGAGCCAUGUAGUCAACCCCACCCUCUGGUCUGGGCUAAGCUAAAGGGCUUUCCCUUCUGGCCAGCAAAAGCACUUCGGGACAAGGACGGACAGGUAGACGCACGCUUCUUUGGGCAACAUGACAGGGCCUGGGUCCCUAUCAACAACUGCUACCUCAUGUCCAAAGAGAUCCCUUUCUCCGUGAAGAAGACAAAGAGCAUUUUCAACAGCGCCAUGCAAGAGAUGGAGGUUUACGUGGAGAACAUUCGCAAGAAAUUUGGGGUAUUCAACUAUGCACCGUUCCGCACUCCCUUCACGCCCAACAACCAGCUCCAGAUGCUACUGGACCCCUCCAACCCCAGUGCCGGGACCGUGAAAACGGAGAAACUGGAUAAACUUCGCUUCAACUUCGAUAUAACCGCGUCUCCGAAGAUGGUCCUCGGCAAGAGUUCCACGCCCAGUGGCAUGAGUCGGAGGGUCUCGUUGACGGACAUGCCUCGGUCUCCCAUGAGCACCAACUCCUCGAUUCACACGGGGUCCGAUGGGGAGCAGGAUAUGGAAAAGCCCGGCAGGAAUCCUGCCUUCCACUACAGCACUGGAGAGGAAUCGAUGGACUGCACUGCAUCUCCAGUCUCCGGGAAGAUGGGUUCUUCAGGCAACGCGGCAGGCAGCCCGAAGCCCUUCAACCCCGGACUGGUCCCCAAGCAGGAGAGGACCGCAGGCACAGGCGGCAUCCUCAAUCUCAACCUGGAUCGGGUGAAGGCUGAGAUGGAUCUGAAGGAGCUGAGUGAGACCGUGCAACAACAACAGCAGCAACAUCAGCAACAACAAGGAGCGUCGGCUUCCCUUCCCACCCCAAAGAGACACAUCAGGAGCCUGGACAAGACGAUUGAGAGCUGCAAGGCACAGCUCGGGAUAGACGAGAUCUCUGAAGACGUGUACAAAGGUGUGGAUCACAGCGACUCUGACGACUCUGAGAAAUCGGACUCGAGUGACAGCGAGUAUCUCAGCGACGAGGAACACAAGCCAAAGAGCUCCGUCCAGGACGACCAGGACAAAGCGGAUAGAAAAAGGCCCAAAGCGAACGCGGAUGGAGAGAAUAAGGAGGGAGUUCCAGGGAAAGCGGAUAAACCCACCCCUGAACUUCUGCAGGGCGCCAGCGGCCCUGAAAGGGGCCUCCAGGACAAGCCCAGGACGCCCCAGUUGCAGCCCCUCGCUGACAAACCCAAAGCCCAAGAUGAGGGCAGGGCAGCAGCCGCCGCCGCCGCUGCUGCCACAUCGGCGGCUGAGCAGGACUCUGAUUCUGAAAGAGAGCUGGUGAUCGACCUGGGCGACGAACAUGGAGGCCGUGACUCAAAGAGGGCGAGAAGAGAACCGCCGGGAGCUUCCGCGGCGAAAACUCUCAAAGAGCCCGGUGUUGCCAAGCUGGAAGGUAAACUGCCUUCCUCUGCAGCAGCAGCUGCUCCAUCACGUGAAUCCGCCCCUAACCUGAAGGACACUUUGCAACCCGCCAUCACAGCAGCCAUCAACCUUGUUUCCACCGCAGCUUCCGGCCAGCCCAGUGGCACCACAGCCACCGGCGGAUCCACCAGCAGCGCACCCUCUCCCGCCUCGGUCUCCGCAACAUCCCCAAUCCCCGCGGCUGUAAAGAAACAGCGCCCUCUACUGCCCAAAGAGACGGCUCAGGCCGUGCAGCGGGCGGUGGUUUGGAAUCCAACCAAAUUUCAGACCUCCUCCCAGAAGUGGCACAUGCAGAAGGUGCAGCGGCAGCAGCAGCAUGGAGAUCAGUCACCAGUGGAGACGCCGGCCCAGAGUCCGGGGCCUCAGCAGCUGCAGUCCCAACAGCAGAACUCCUCCAGUACCCGCUAUCAGACCAGACAAGCUGCCAAGGUGCAAAAGGACGUGCCUCAGAGUACUUCCUCCUCAACAGCUGCCCAGGUCACAUCUGGCAGCUCCUCGUCAGGAGACGUGCAGAUCCCCACAGGCUCAGCAGAGGUGGCUGCGGAUAUCACCAAGUACACAAAUAAAAUUAUGGACACGAUAAAAGGGACAAUGACUGAAAUCUACAACGAUCUUUCAAAAAACACAUCAGGAAACACAAUUGCGGAGAUUCGCCGGCUAAGGAUAGAGAUUGAGAAGCUCCAGUGGCUGCAUCAACAAGAGUUAUCGGAGAUGAAGCACAAUCUUGAACUGACGAUUGCAGAGAUGAGGCAGAGCCUGGAGCAGGAAAGGGAACGCUUGGUGGCCGAGGUGAAAAAGCAGACGGAGGUGGAAAAGCAGCAGGCGGUGGACGAGACCAAAAAGAAACAGUGGUGCGCUAAUUGCAGGAAGGAGGCCAUCUUCUAUUGCUGCUGGAAUACCAGUUACUGUGAUUACCCCUGCCAGCAAGCCCACUGGCCAGAACACAUGAAGUCCUGCACACAGUCAGCCACAGCUUCUUCGCAGCAGGAGCCAGAAGCGGAUUCCAACGCGAGCCCUUCAGUCAAGUCAUCGAGCCCCUCUCUCGCCAAGCAGAUCCCGACCCCUGCAGCGGGACCCUUAUCAGACAAAAGCAACUCUCCCACGUGCAUUGACAAGAGCAAGGACGGUGCUGGCGUUACCGUGGUGACCUAACCGCUACACUACAGAUACUUAUCGCAAAUUUUGCCAGGCCGCUGUGGAAGGCUUGUGAUGUCAAAAACUUGGUGCUCGAAGGCCCCCCACAGCUCUGACGCAUCACUUUUCCAUUCCCAUGUGUACUAAAUCUGCUUGGUGGACCUUUUUUUUUUUUUUUUUUGGUCGUUUUGUUUCAUCUCUCAUUUGCAGUUUCCACAAAGUCUGUGUUCAGGUGGAUUCACAAUGUGAAAGUAGUCUGUCUUGAGAAAUAAAAUGUGAGGUUGUAUGUUUUCAUAUUGUAGUUUUGCUAUAGCUCUGUUACCACUUUGUUUCAAGUCUGAACAAGAUUGUAUCGACCCACAGAAUAUUUACACUUUUCAAUGCUGCUCUUAAAUACUUUACUUGCUGUAUCAUUUAGUGGAUUUAUCUCAAUAUUAUGAGACAAAAACAGCCACCAACAGUUGAUAUUCAGUCAUCGUGGUGCCAUCAGAGGUAUGUUGAGUUAUGCAAGUUUGUUAAAACCAUGUCCACUUCAUGUCAACGGAGAUAUUUUGAGUAAUGCAAGUUUAAACGUAAUGUUUUCAACUGUCAGCAGGAGGGAGGGGGAGGGGGGGCAUUUUUUGGCUCAUACCAACUUUGUAUUGUAGUUAAACAUUGUAUAGACCUACAUGAAAAAAAAAAAUAUCUGUGAUUUAUAAAAAACAAAAAAUGUAAACUGUACAAAGUUUUUGUAAGAAAAAUACCUGAACAAUAUUUAUAGUGUUAUAUGUUUUUAUAGUAUGUUUAAAGAAAUCACAUUUCUAUGUGUCUAAAAAAAAAAAAUUAAUUACUUCAUAUGAAUGUCAGCUGUAAGCGCAGCCUCUGUUUAACUUGCUGGUGUAAAUCCUGAUCAGACUGUCUGUAAGAAUUGGGUAGGAAUAAAUAGAAACUGCAUUUUGGCUGGAUAUUAUUUCCUGUGCGCAUGUCUGUUUUUUGAGCUUGUGUUCGUGUUUACAUAUUGUACAUACAAUAAAUGGACUCGUGAAGAAAAAAAUAAAUAUGCUCUGAUCAA